AUGGAGGGUGCAAUUCAAUGUGAUGCGUGCUCACAAGGUGAAGGCCCCAAUGCCAAGCAUGAUGCUUGCGAGCCCUGCGCUGCCGGUCGUUACGGCACCACAGGUGUUUGUGACCUGUGUGCUGCGGGGAAAAUCUCCGGCGAUUCAAUGAUGGGAGGUUAUGGCCCCGGCCCCGGCUAUGGCGGCUAUGGCAGCUAUGGCGCCAAUGGCAGUGAAGCUGAUGAUGGCGGCGGAGAAGGUGGUGGUGCUGCUGCUGGUGGAGCCACUAGUUGUCAGGAUUGCUGGCCAGGAACUUAUUCCAGCGCGGACCGUACAGGGUGUCUCCAAUGCCCUUCGGGGAAAUAUUCUGCAUCCGCGGCAUCCAGCUGCAGUGAGUGCAAAAGGGGGAGAGAGCCGCUGUACGGAACGGAGUGCAGCAAGUGUGCGGCAGGCCGCUACUCUUUAGCCGGAGAUGCGAAUUGCACGGUGUGCCCUGGAGGCACUUAUUCGGCGGAAGAAAGUUACCAAUGCACCCAGUGUGAUCUGGGAAAAUUUUCUUACAGCGAAUCCAUGGAAUGUUUUUACUGCUGGGAUGGAUGGAUUGCAAAUUCUGGGCAGAACGAUUGCGAACCUUGUGCUGCUGGAACGUACAAAGCAGCGGAAAGUGACUCUUCGUGCACCAGCUGCGCUGAUGGUGAGAUUUCCGAAGCAGGUAUGUCAUGUCAGAAGUGUCCACCUGGCACAUAUGCGAACUCCAAUCACACAGAUUGCGAAGCGUGUCCAACAGGAACAGUCACCACCGAUUAUGGUAAAUCGGAGUGUGCGGCCUGCGCAACUGGGACAGUGGCAGCGAACUCUCAAUACGAAGAGGUGAUCGAGAGUGGACCUGGAGGAUAUGGUGGCAUCGGCAUUGGCAUUGGCAUGGGAAACUUUUUGCCAUGUUCGAACUGUGCAUGCGUGGCUUGCGCGCCUGGGAGUAUUCCAGAUGCAAACAACACUUGUACGGAGUGUGAGGCAGGCAAAUAUGCCGAGUAUGAAGCUACCACAUGCACAGCUUGUCCAUCCGGGACAUACUCCAACGUUACUGGCAUAAGCUCGGAGCAAGCCUGUCUGGAGUGCCCAGGCAAAACUACGGCGUCUGAUGGCGCGACGAGCCUCGACAUGUGCAUCCAGCCGGGCAUCAACCAAUCUUUUCAGUGUGUCCGAGGGAAGGUUUGUGCCAUCUCUGGCUUUGAAGGCGUGGGGCUGGUUUCCAGCCAUCAGGUUGCCGUCAAGAUGGAGGCCUGUGUUGUGGAGCCCACAGACCCUGGACCUGUAGCGGGUUACGGGGGUGAUGGUGGGGGCAUCGGCACGGGUGGCGGCACCGGCAUCGGGGGUGGAGGUUACGGUGGCUUGGAUGGCGGAUCAUCCGGUUAUGGUGGCAGCUCGGGUGGAGGCUACGGAGGCAUCGAUGGCGGAUCAUCCGGUUAUGGUGGGUUGGAUGGUGGAAGUGGCACGGGCAGCUCGGGUGGAGGCUACGGAGGCAUCGAUGGCGGAUCAUCCGGUUAUGGUGGGUUGGAUGGUGGAAGUGGCACGGGCAGCUCGGGUGGAGGCUACGGCGGCGUCGAUGGCGGAUCAUCCGGUUAUGGUGGGUUGGACGGAGGAAGCGGCACGGGCAGCUCGGGUGGAGGCUACGGAGGCGUCGAUGGCGGAUCAUCCGGUUAUGGUGGGUUGGACGGGGGAAGCGGCACCGGCAGCUCGGGUGGAGGAUAUGGUGGCUUGGAUGGCGGAAGCGGUGGGUUGGACGGUGGAAGCGGCACUGGCAGCGGCACUGGCAGCGGCGAUGCUGGCACUGGCAGUGGCGAUGCUGGCGAUGGUGGAAAUAGCAGUGGCACCGGUGAUGGUGGAUCUGGUGAUGGUGGUCCAGGUGGCAACAACACUAAUGCUGGCCCAGGUGACGAUGGAAACAGCACUGGUGAUGGUGGACCUGGUGGUGGCGGCCCUGCCGGCGGUGAAAACAACACUGAAAACAACACUGAUGGUGGCCCAGGUGCCGGCCCAGGUGGUGGCUUAGGUGACGGCGGUGAAAACAACACCGAAAACAACACUGGUGGCGGCCCAGGUGGUGGACCUGGCGAUGGCGGCCCUGCCGGCGGUGAAAACAACACCGAAAACAACACUGGUGGCGGCCCAGGUGGUGGACCUGGCGAUGGCGGCCCUGCCGGCGGUGAAAACAACACCGAAAACAACACUGGUGGCGGCCCAGGUGGUGGACCUGGCGAUGGCGGCCCUGCCGGCGGUGAAAACAACACUGAAAACAACACUGAUGGUGGCCCAGGUGCCGGCCCAGGUGGUGGCCCAGGUGACGGCGGUGAAAACAACACCGAAAACAACACUGGUGGCGGCCCAGGUGGUGGACCUGGCGAUGGCGGCCCUGCCGGCGGUGAAAACAACACCGAAAACAACACUGAUGGUGGCCCUGGUCCAGGCGACGGCGGCAACAGCAGUGGCAUCGGUGAUGGGCCUGGUGAUCCACCUGAUGGCGGUGAUGGGCCUGGUGAUCCACCUGAUCCGCCGUUUCCGCGCAGACUCCAAGGUGUGGACGCUCCAGAUACUUCGGCAGUUGCUGGUUUCGGGACAGACUCUAUAUCAUCUCAGGGCAGCACAACCUAUUCCUGGUCUUUGCAACUGUCAGCAGAUCCUGGGCAGUACAGGCUUUGUUGGUGUGGUGGUGUUGGCAGCGUUGCCUGUGAUACCCUCGACAAUUUCGACACUGACGUGGGCACAAUCGUGGUGCUCGGGCCAUACAUCAAUCAGCAUUUUGCUUGCACGAAGGGCCAUGUAUGUCGUGAUGUUGGUCCUGUGCAAGGUCUCGGGCUGACAGCGGACGACCUUGUCCACUUUCGCGUCGCCUGCACCUUGGAUCAGGCGAAGUUCUUCGGCGCAAGUUUGGAAGUUCGGGCACAGGAGUCACAAGGCAACAUGAGCGGCGAGGUGGACUUAUACUUGUCAUCGCACACUGCGGUUACCACUGCUUCAGCAGAGUAUGCCCUCUGCUGGUGUUCAUCCAUCGGCCCAGGUUGCACGAGCAUGCUGAUGCAAAAUGUAGGGAGCGCCACGGUCUACUUGGAAACCCAGCUUGGGAUCCUUGAGGUUCAGGGCCCUCCUACGGGCGAAGAGGCCGAGUGCUAUCAAGGUCAGGAAUGUGCUAUCCAAAUCAAGGGUGAGAGUCCUGGCUUGCAGGCAGGUGACCGAGUUUCCGUCCUCGAACAGUGUGGUGAGGGAGACUUCCUCGAUGGCCUGCCUACACCGGGGUAUGCGGACACAGUGGAGGGGACAGCUUAUGCUUUCAACAGCUCAGCUGCGCUAGAUGGUGCCCGCUACUUGAUGUCACUUCCGGGUAUUUUUCGGCUGUGCUGGUGUCGUCCAGCAGAAUCGGAAUCUCUGUUUUGCAGCAGCGGUUCAGACUUCAACGUCACAGUGGGCUUGUUCCGAUCUGUAGGACCGUACGCUGGUCAGGUACUCCACUGUCCCUUUGGUUCUCCGUGUCUUGUUACGGACCUACGCGGCAUAGGCCUCUCCUCCGCCAACCUGCUGCUGGCCGUGGCAGACUGUGGGAGCGGGAACGGGACUCUUGCCUACUCGCAGCCACAGCCUGUUGCAUCAUCGUACAAUGCGACCAGUGGCCAACACUACUAUGACCUUGGGCAUUUGGAGCUGCAGAAUUCUAGGCCUGAGCAGCUCUGGGUCUGCUGGUGUGCAGGUGAACCCAAUUGCAAUACAGCUGCUGACUUCCGUGUGUAUGCUAUGAUGCUUUAUGCCGAAUGCCCUCCAGGCUGGUAUGAGCUACAGAGUGCAACGAUUACCUGUCAGGAGUGCCCUCCAGGCUAUUACUGCGCCGGUGGCUACCCAGCCGGGAUACAGAAAUGUCUUGCAGGAAUGACAAGUAUGCCUGGAGCAUCAAGCCUUGAUCAGUGUGUUUGCCGUCAUGGUUAUUUUUGGAACGACCAGCUAGGCGCUUGCUUUGCUUGCCCAGCCGGCUUUUACCAGAAUAUGACGGGCAGACCAGCAAGUUGCACUGGAGUGUGCCCUGCGCAGACGACGUCGACCAGUGGCGCUGCUAGUCUCAUGGAGUGUUCCUGUACAGGGAAUACCGUGGACAUUGACCCCACUCCCGAAGGCUUUAAUUGUGUGGAUUUGCUCAGCCUCGCUGGCAACUUCAGCAGCAAUGACACGCACGUUUUUGCUGCUACACAGUUGGCUUUGUACUCCUUCUCAGGCUCGAUCCUUGUGCUGGAUGCCUCGACUGAUUCAUUGCUGGCAAACAUCUUGGAUGAGCUGUCUGAGCGCGUUGACCUGACUGACAGCACGCGUGCAUCCUUCAGCUUGCUGGCACGUCACAGUGGAAGCUGGUACGUUGACUACGAGGUUCUCAGUCCUGACGCAGAAUUGGCGGAGAUCAUGAGAGGUAGACUUGCGCCCGUGUCCUUUGAUGCCUGGGUUUAUUCGGAGAUGGAAGGCACAGUUCUGGCGUCUGCAUCGGUUGCUAAUCAGACUCCGGUCCAGCACACAGUGCUGACGUGCCCUGAAGGUCUGGGUCUCCAGGCAGGGGAUUAUGUAACUGGCUUGGCUGAUUGUCAGUGUCCACAUGGCAUGCAGCCUGCGGUUACUGGCGGCACAGGAUUGCUGAAUGGCUGCACCAGCUGUCCUAUAGGCACCUACAAGUCAUCCACAGGGGAUUCCAUCUGCGUUGCUUGCCCAUCAGCGGGGCAUGUGCCGCUGACCACGCUUCAGCAAGGUGCAAUUUCUUAUGCCGCUUGCACUUGCUCUGCAGGAUUUGUCAACGAAGACCCGGCAGAUCCGGCGAGUUGUGCUCCUUGCGGCCAGGGCUACUUCUGCCUUGGAGGAGGUGACAAGCAGCAUUGUGGAGAAUCGCAGACGACCAACGGCGACACUGCCAGCAGUCAGUUCGAUUGCUUAUGCCAGGAGGGUUUCAACAGCGCAGGUGCCGGGGUUUGUGAGGCGUGCGUGGCCGGUACGUUCAAGGAAGAGAUUGGGAACUCGCCAUGCGUGGAAUGUCCUGCGGGACAGUUUUCAGAGCCAGGAGCGGAGGAGUGUGAUUCCUGUGAUGAAGGAACGUUCUCCACGGGUGGCACCGGCAGCUGUGAGCCGUGUCCGGCAGGCCGCUAUUCGCCAGAUGAAGAGGCAACAUCAGUGGAUGCAUGUGUGGCAUGUGAAGCCGGCAAGUGGAGUGACCAAGAAGGAGCUUCCGAGCAACAGACGUGCCAGCCAUGUCUUGCCGGAUCGACGACCAGGCAAAGUGGCGCGCAGAAUGACAGUCUCUGCGUACGUCCGUUCCCAGACCAGCCGAGGGAGUGUAUUUCUGGCCGAGCUUGUGCUGUGGAUGGGAUCGAGGGCUAUGGCCUUCAAGAUGGACACCGCAUUGGGCUUGCUAGUUCACACUGCAGUACAGCAAAGGUGGCCGUGCCGAACGUUGCGAACAGUGGGAUUUCAGAUCUGGCCAGCAGCAAUGGUGGCCGAUAUGUGCUCGGAGAAAGUCCUUCGGAGUUUGCGCCUGAGGGCGGCUACUACUCCAUGUGUUGGUGCGCAAACAUUGGUGAUCUGACUUGUGAAGACUUGAACAGCAAUUAUCUGAUAGAAGCCGGUGAACUUCAUGUCAUUGGGCCCAGUGUGAACUCUUUUGAAUGCGUUCGCGGUCGGGACUGUUCCAAUCUGACGCCAUUUCUUGGAUUUGGAUUGUCUGCCCUGGACUCUGUCGCAGUGCGACGGGACCAAUGUGGAUUGACAGCCCAGCUUGCCCUGUCCCCUGAAAACAGUGUUGGCAAGGGCAACUUGUCACUUGAAGAGGCCAGUGGGAGCAACAUGAGCAACCUCGUGCUCAGCUUCGGUAUGUCACAGGCUUCCAGCGACUAUCGUCUUUCCAUCGAUGCGGAUGAUGGAGGUUAUGCGCUGUGCUGGUGUGCCAGCGAUCGUGGCAUGGCAGACGCCUGCAGCAACCCCGAAGACUAUCGAGUGUUUGCAGGGCGCCUGAGAGUGGUGGGCCCGCGAACUAACCAAGAGAGUGAAUGCUUUGUCGGGCAGGAGUGUGCCGUGACAGGUAUGCGGGGUGUCAGCAUGGAGACAGGGGAUCGAUUGAUGAUUCUCUCCAACUGCGGCACAGGAACAGCAUUGCCUGGCUUUCCCAGCAGUGGCAUCAUGGAAACCCUGGAUGGCGUCAACUUUGCUUUCCUGAGCAGCACCAGUAGAUAUCUGCUGUCAGUGCCAGGGAUUUUUCGGAUUUGCUUUUGCAGGCCGCUUGCUGGUGAGGUUUGCGCCUCUGCCUCCAGCUUCCACGCAGCUGUCGGACUGAUGACAGCGAGUGGUCCGUUUGAGCAGACAACCACUUGUGAGCUGGGGAGCUCGUGCACGGUCCAGCUGUCCGGAAUCGGCCUCAUGGGCGGCGACCAGUUGCUGUUCGCCAUAGGCGAGUGCGGCAACUCCACGAGUGUGGGCUCACUGGGCUACCCCAGUUUGCAGGACCCGCUGGAGGUGGAAGAUGGAAGCAGCGGAAUGCAGGUAACCCUGGGAGAGCUUCCUGCAGAAGCUGUGCCUGGCCUGUACCGAGUGUGUUGGUGUCCGCUAGCUGCAGACUGCACAUCGACGACAGAACACCGAGCUCCUGGAGGAUAUUUGCAAGUCAAUUGCCCGGCAGGCACUUUCGCGACAGGUCCUUCCUCAGGAAAGCAAUGUUUGCUUUGCACACGUGGCUACUAUUGUGCUGGCGGACCCGAAGCUACGGCUACCAGGCUGUCUUGUCCAACAGGACGAACCACCCUUGCCCGGGGUUCCGUCACCAGUGCGGACUGUCUCUGUGAUCGAGGCUAUUAUUUUGCCCCCACAUCCAGCAAUUGCGUGGAAUGCCAGAAAGGGGCUUACAAAGAGCAGGUGGGCAACCUGGAGACGUGCACGCAAUGUGAGGCAGGCAACACCACAUUCGACACAGGAUCGGUGGCACCUUCGGCAUGCAUACCUGAAGUCAUCCCAUCUGAUGAUCCAGACGGCGCAGACAGCUCCGGAAGUGCAAGUUUGGCAAACUCAUCGGAAGUUCCUGCCGUGUCCUUCAACAUGUCGCUUUCGAACAUACCGGCCGAUGCGGACCUCGAAACAAUCAGGAACCAAUUGAUCGCCAUGUUUCUUGCGACCUUCUCUGCCAGUGCGAGAGUAGACCCCAGCGCAAUCGAAAUUGACUUUGUAGGCCUGGGCCUGGCGGGAAGACGUCUCAGACGGCUUUUUGACGCGUCGAUGAUCGUCAUCACAAUCAAGCAGCGCAGCGUAGACGAGGCAUCUGCGAUCGUGGCAGACAUGGACGCCGCCACCGUAACGAACGAAGUGACUGCGGCCAUUCAGAACAAUCCGACCCUGAGCAGUGCAGGGAUUACCCUGGAAGCCUCACCCCCAGCGGUCUCCUCCACAACCGUGGAAUGUGCACCCCGCAUGUCAGUUCCACCGGGUGUGCCUGUCCUCAGUGCAGCAGAUUGCCAGUGCAGUCCCGGCUAUACCUAUGACACUGCGGCCCAGGGCUGCGAACCCUGUGCCACGGGUGAGUACAAGGAUACCAUCUCAAUGGAAGCGUGCACGAGAUGUCCCACCGAAAAGUCCACGCUGGAGGUUGGUGCCACCUCGCUUCAGCAAUGCAAAUGUGAGGCUGGCCUUUACGCUGAUGGUUCGGGAUGCUCGUCCUGUGACAUUGGACUUUAUUGUCCCGGCACGGGCGAAGCAGUUGACUGCCCAGAACACUCUACAACUGUUGCCUUCGGCGGCAGGACGGCUGCAGACUGCAUUUGCUUGCAGGGUUACAGGAAGGUCACGAGUUGUCAGCCAUGCGAACCCGGCACUUACAAGCCUACCAUCGGAAAUGAUGCAACGUGCGCGUUGGAAUGUCCAGCCAAUGCAAACAGCGAUCCGGCUUCAUCUUCUUUGGCGGACUGCUUCUGCUUGCCUGGUUUCCAUGCUAUUCUGGAUAACCCCUUUGACGAGGGAAGUCUCGCACGAUGUGCUGGUUGCAACUAUCAGGGCCUCGACUGUCGUGGAGGCUUCGAGAAUGAGACGAACGGUACCACUCAGCGUCGUCACGCGCAGCCUAUUGCACUGUCCGGCUUCUAUCAAGGCGGCCAGUCCAUUGCAGUGGAAUGUGACGUUCUCUUUCCGAACGGCACAAGCGUCUGCAUGGGCGGAGCCGGCUGCGUAGCGCAACGCUUGGACCUCCCAGUAUCAGAAGCUUGCAAUGGGCUCUUGGGAAACGAGUGUGCAGAAGGUUCUACUGGAGUGCUGUGUGGUGAGUGCCCGGCACAGUGGGCCAGAGACGAUUAUCCCGAGUAUUGCCGCCAAUGCCCAGCUGAUGCUUCGAUGGAUCUUUCCUUUGCCAUCCUCUCCGACAUCGGCCAAAAAGUGUUCAUGAACUUCAUUGUGGCGGCAAUGGCGGCAACCUCUGCGGUGAAAGGCAGCGCCAAACUUCACACGAGUAUGAUCCGUCUCGGAACUCAGUGGAUGGCUGCUUGCUCUGUCCUCACACAGUUCAACCUGGAAAGACUGCCUGGUUUCGAGUGGUCCCAACAAGAAGCUGCAAUGGCACAACUCGCUGCCUGCGCGGAGUCCAAUUCCACUACUUGUGAAACUGGACCCCAGGCGGCAACCUUCCCAUGGCCGGAAGAGGUUUCGAAAGCAAUGUCUGACGUCUUUGCGGUCAUGAGCCUUGUGCCCCGGCUGGCAACCGUACAAUUUGCGGCGAUGUGCAGAGCUGGUCAACUGUUACCGAGCAGCCGGAUGAUGACCAUGGUCGCCCCGGGCAUAUACUUUGUCAGCAGCCCCAUCAUCGCUAUCAUCGCCUUGUUUAUGUUCUCAGCAUUUAUGGUGUAUGUUGUUACACCUGCUGCGGGCUGGGUUGGGCUCUUCUUCAAUGACGCCGCCCGCGACAAAAAGAAACGAGCAGGCUUGAAAAAGAAAGCCGUAGAUGUUUUGGUGGACGUCCUGCCGGAAAAGGGUCUCACCUGGCGUGACGUCGAGGACUCAGGUUUCCUCGAGGAGGUAGACCUGACAAUCCUGGAACAUGGACUUCAUGAUCCGCGUGCGUUCAUUGCAGGUGAGAUGCCCAAUUCAAGGCCACUGGCAAUCAGGAUGUGCAUACACAAAGCAAUGUGUUCUGGCUAUCUAGAACAGCUUUGCGAGAAGAUACAUCUUUCGCGGGAUGAACUCUUCGAAGAACCCGAGUUCUUAACAGAGGGUAUGGAUGAGGACGGUUUGACGGACGUUAUUGACGAUCUGUCCUGGACAACAACAAAUACCGCACUGCAGGGUUUCGCUCGUCGGGCCUUGGCAUGGAGGAUGCGACAUCGAAUGCAGACCCGAGCAGCUGAUUGGGGAUUGGAUGUGCGUGACGUCGCUCUUAGUGUUGCUGACAGCUUUGACACGCCAGAGAAGUUGCAGAAGGCAGCCGCCGAUGAGCUGAGCUUCUAUGGAUUUGUUGCUACAAAGUGCGAAGAAUUGAGGAAGAAGCGCGGCGAAGAGGACACUGCCAUUCAAGCAGCUUUGCCUGCCGAGAACACUGGGCUUGAUCCGGACACCCUAGACUUUGGUUUGUUCACGUCGUGGCCAAGACCAUCGCUUUUGCUGUCGCAGUGUGUGCCAGUAAUUUGGGUUAUGCUGCUGGCAAUGUGGCCUGAGCUUUUGUCGCAGUUUCUGAAAAUGGUGUGGUGCACGCCUCUCUCGGAGGAUAACAGCAGUGGUCUGACCGUGGUGAAGCAGCGUUUGCGUCCCCAUCCUGAUGUCGUAUGCUGGAGCUACGACCAUUUUGAGUUGGCGCUCAUCGCUGGGAUCGGGCUCAUUGUGUGGUGCAUUGGGGUCCCCGUGCUACUGUUCUUGCGCAUCUACAAGCUGAAAGACCGCCAGAAUCCUGAGAACUUCCGGAGGUACGGCUUCUUCAUCGAGGGCUAUGAGCCAGGCUUUUGGUAUUGGGAUAUCAUCGUGAAGCGUUUUGACAUCGCGAUCAUGAACUUGAUAACCUAUACUUCCUUGGCCGAUGACCAGAAGGCGAAGCUAUUGCUUUUCCCUUUCGUCUCUGGCGCGCAGCUGGCCAUUGCUUCUUGGUGCAGGCCCUUUACAAACGAUCAGGCAGAGAUCUUGGACUUCAUGGAGAUGUGCCUCUUGAGCUUUCGCUUCGUUCUCUUCAGCAUGGUCGCAGUCCUGCUAAUCUUCAAUCCCUCGGCCGAGGUGACAUAUGUUUUUGCUGGACUGUUGGUCCUGGCGCUGGGAUGCAUCUGCAUGUACUUUGCACUGCAUGUGGUGGUCCAGAUGUUGCGCACAACGGCAGAAGACAUGGAAGAGGAGGUGGAGGAGGAGGACGAGGACGAUCCGUUGAAAGCAUCCCCCGCGCCCGCGCCCGCGCGGCGCGGUUCAGUGCGCGGUCGGAGAUCAAGCGUGAGGGGCCAGGAGAAAGCGAAGCCAAAUCCCAUAGUGCAACUGAUAGGUGAAGUGAAAAGGACAGUGAUCGGAACCGCUUUGCCACUGAUCCAACAGGGUGAGGACGAGAAGGUUUUCAUAGAGUGGUCCAUUACCACUGACAAAAUCAAGAUUGUGAGCACAGAGAAGCGGAAGAAGCUACGCAGGUCUUCAAGCUUCGCGCGGGCAGCGUCCGUCGUUAAGAACACGAGGGCGCAGAUCCUGCGGUUUGGGCCAAAUUACCAGCGGCAAGUCGUUGUCAAGGCAAUGGAGGAGUUCACUGAACUCUGGCUUGAUCAGUUUGACCAGCUCAUCCUGCCUGCGGAUACAACACGCCUGCUCGUUGCCUUAACCAGCGCAAUGAGAAACAUUCCCAAGAAAACGCCAAAGCGCCAGAUCGCCGCGAAGUGGCAAGAAGAAGUAAAGCAUUUGUUCAAGCACCACACCCUUGAUGGACGGCAUGGCCUCGAUCACAAGUGGCACGUGGCUCCGGAUGAGAUUCUCCAUAUGACACAGCGCUUGGCAGCAGUAGGUGCCAAGGAUGCUACAAUUUUGGUGGAGGCAGUGCUGGCGGAGUUGCAUGUGCGUCAAAAGGAGUAUGAGGAUCACCUGAGAUGGGAGAUGGAGUCCGAAGACGAUGACAGCGAUGAGGACAGCAACUUCAACCCUAGUUCCCGAACUCGCUUUGUUCUUGAUCAGGACCCAAAUGAGCAGUCAGAGGACGUUCAGCUGGUUCCACGGCGAAUCGCGCCGAUGACGGAAAGGGCUGCACAAACGUCUAUGAGCGCCUCCUCGAGAGCAGCACACGGAGCGGCAGAAGUACUUGAUGCUGUUCCAACGCAAGCGUUGGCAGGACCAUUGGCAGGAUCAAGCCCGCUCGUCCAGCAGACAAAGGUGGACUCGAGCGGGCUGGAGAAGCCUUCCACACCUUUGGCCUCACCCCGUCCAAGCCGCUCCACUUCCCCACCGGAGGCUCGGCAGCCAGUAUCGGCUUCUAGGGAUACGGAGGUGAGCUCCGUAGUUCCGCCGAUGCCUGACACUGAAAGGCGGACGGCAGUAUGA